AUGAUAGCUCUUCACAUCGCCCUCUAUGCCAUCCUGGCUACAUCGUUGGUCUUUGCCAUCAUCGAGCUUGGUCUAUGUGCCUAUGUCGCUACCUUCUAUGGUGGCACUUAUCAGGAACUCUACUAUAAUGCCUACGGAAGUUACGGGUACAAAAAUGUGAAAACCAGCACACCUCCUAUUCUGGCCUUUCUCAUUUUCUCCGCAUGCUGGACUAUUCUGAUCACCACCGGCGGCGUGGCGCUGUCUUGGUUCUAUACUCGAAAGGGCGUCAGCGGGAAGAUCAGCACGAUCUUGGGCAUUGUGUUCACCCUUGUCUACUUUGUGACAAUGGUCUUUUGGCUCGCCUGCUUUGCUGAUAUUGCCUCAUACCUCGGCGGCUUCGUCAGCUUUAAUGACUACUUCAACGCAGUCAUCGCUUUUGCGGUGCUCCUCUGGCUCCUUUUCCUUGCCCUCUUCAUCCUGUCGGUCCUAGCGCUCUGUGGGGUUUUGGUGUCGGAUUGGGUGGGUUAUCAGUCCAUGCGCAAGUCACAGGCGGACAAGGCGCCUGUGGCCAGUGCACCUGCGGCUGACCCAGAGGUGCCGAUGAGUACGAACCCCGUUGCUCCUCCGUCAGAGUUGUCUACUCGGGAUGCUGAGCAUCUGCAUGACCAGCCGAACAGUCAAUCCAUUAGCGCCUCGUCCCCCUCCGCCAUUGCCAGCGUUGAGCUCAGUGGCGAUAGCGUUCACGAUCACCAUGCGAGUAAAGCAUAA